GGCGAGGGUUUCUUCAAAACAUCUAGGCAGUAGCAAACACUUCUCCCCUAAUCUCUUUUUUCUUCCCAAAUUCUUUUGUUUCCAAAACCUUGUGGGCUGAAUUGGAAUUCAAAUCGACGAGCGAUUUUAACUUCUGUUUCCAGUUUAAUGGCGAAUCGUCAUCGGAGAAAAACCGAAGCGGAUGCCGGAAGGGAUCUGAUAAGUGAACUACCGGCAGAAGUGAAGGAAAGGAUUUUGGAGUGUUUGCCUACUCGAGAAGCUGCCAGAACUGCUCUGCUCUCAACUCACUGGAACAAUGUUUGGUUGGGGCAUGGGCGACUUGUGUUUGAUCCGUACUUCUUCCGAUGCUUCUCAAAGUCCAAGUACGGAGGUGAGAAAGGUAUAGCUCAGAUUAACACAAUAAAUGAUAUUCUAAUGCUCCGUGCUGGACCGGUUAAGAAAUUUACUCUAUACCUUGAUUAUGCAUCGCAACCUCCCCAGCAGUCUGAUUUAGAUCGGUGGUGUCGUUUUAUUUCGAGAAAUGGUUUACAGGAACUUAACUUGUUUAUUUGGCCUACCUAUAUGCUGCCAUCGUGUAUAUUCUCUUGCCGGACAAUUAAGCAGCUGUGUCUGGGCGAUUUCAUUUUUGAUUUUCCGAUCCCUAGUUGUAUAUUUCCCAGUGUCACUUCAUUAGCUUUCAAGAAAGUUGAAUUUAGUGAUAAUGUUAAGGGAAUUGUGUUCACAAUUCCUAAUAUUGAGGAGUUGGCUUUCAGUAAUUGUAAAGGGAUCAGUAAUUUUGAGAUCAGUAGUCCAAAACUUGAAAGCUUGAGGGUUAUUGGUUAUCAGUCUUGCAUUCUUGAUGAAUCCAGAUGGAUUACCCUUUAUUUGAAAACAAUUAAGACUCUUUGCUUGUGUGCCAGUUUGUUGCAGUGUAAAAAUGCAGAAAUAGCCACAGUGACAUUCCCAACUGCAAUAAAUUUGCAAGUGAUUGAGCUGUAUGAUUUAAGUGUUUCAUGUCAAGAGCAACUUGCCUUUGUUUUGCAGUUGCUUCAACAUUCCCCCAACCUAUGUGAGCUGAAGAUUACGCUAGCAAAUGGUGAUGGUCUAUGUGAUAUAACAAUGGCUACAAGACUUUUGGAGGAUCCAAAUGGAUGCAUUGUUAAACAGGAUCUGAAGAUUCUUAACACAAUCAUGAUUGAUUGGUUUAGUGGAUCUACACUUGAAAAGCUUUUUGUGAAAAUGCUACUCUUAAAAUCCCCUGCACUAGAGAGAGUUUUAAUACAGGAAUAUGAUGAUAUUGAUACCUCUAUAGCUGUCAAAAGCCUAAGGGAGUUGUUGCGUUUUCCUCGUGCUUCUCGGAAAGCCCAGAUUGUUUGUAUGGAAUGCGACAACUCUGAGGAGUCCAAACUAUUUGAUUACAUAUGGUUUUAAACAUGUAGGAAUUUAGUAUAAUGAAGCUCCAUGGAUUCAAUUUUGAUGCAACCUAGAAAUGUAAGCAUUGGUUCAAUAAGUAUUAUAUUGUAAAGUAUUUUGAAUCUAUAAGCAGUCAUUGAGGAGG